ACUUUAUGCAAAUCUGUCUGAUCAGCUGAUAUCGCUUAGAAAUGACAUAACCAAAGUUAACAACGCGAUUUGUGGCCAACAAUGUCGUCCAACAAAUAUAAUGAAUUAAUUAAGUUGGGCACGCAAUAUGCACGCCGUAUGAAUUUUCUUUCCAAUCGCAUAUUUGGUGAAGUCGCGCGUACCACCAAUGAAAAGUCAAUGAAGGUAGUUCGCAUGUUCGCGGAGGAGCCGGUGCAUAAGCGCGAUUCAUUAAAUAACUGGUAUCCUCGACAUGUAGAGACACAUAUUCUCAUGAAAAAUCUUCGUGCGUACGGCUUAUUCCGUGAUGAGCACGAAGAUUUCAAAGAGGAAAUGAAACGUUUGAGACGGCUACGUGGUAAAGCUGCACCAAAGAAGGGGGAAGGCAAGCGAGCGAAGAAAUAGAGCAGUUCUGUUUACUUUUACAAAUAAAGAUAUUUUAAGUUAUACUUUAA